AUGGUAGCCGGACGAGGCUUCGUAAAUACGUUAGCUGUCAAACAGAUGCCAUUACACCACACCGGUGAUCACGCUGACCUUCUAUUAUCUAUACAGCAUGACUUUACUCGUGUGUAUGUUACCUACACGAGGCUGGCGGCCGAUGGCGAAGUGAACAAGCUGGUUACGAGCAUCCUCAACAAACUGCUAGAUAAAUACAGCAAGGAGGUGCGGCCAGGGAUUGGAAUGGAACCGCUGCACAUUGAGACAGACAUCUCUGUAAGGAGUUUCGGGUCCAUUUCAGAAACACGAAUGGAUUAUUCCUUCCAGUGCUACUUGCGUCAACGUUGGCACGAUGAUCGGCUUAAGUUCAACACGGAAAACAUCACCGAAUUUACUCUCAGCAACCGGUUCCUGCAGUUCAUAUGGAAACCGAACACUUAUUUCAUAAAUGGGAAGAAUUCCAAAGCUCACAACAUAACGGUUCCCAACGCCUUUGUUCGAAUCCGCCAAGAUGGCCGUCUCUACAUGUCUAGAAGGCUGACGGUGAACGCUCGCUGUCCGAUGAAGCUGUAUCGAUACCCAAUGGGAAAGGUCGUUUGUCCUCUCGAGCUUGGCAGCUAUGGAUACAGUACUGAUGAUAUAAUAUACCACUGGAAAGACGACAAACGCCCAGUCAUAGACAUAUAUCCUGGUGUUACGAUGGCCAUAUUUGAUCUUGAUCGAAUAGAAGCUUUCAAUCGAACGAAGUACACUGAAUACGGAGAGGUGUCGCGCCUUGAGGCGAAGAUCCACCUGAAGCGGCCGCUCGGUUUCUACCUGCUGCAGACCUACUUCCCGUGUUACCUCAUCACGGCCCUGUCCUGGGUCUCCUUCUGGAUCAAUCGAGACGCCGCCCCCGCCAGGGUCCUGUUGGGCGUGACGACGAUUCUGAGCACGGCGGCCAUUGGCAUGACGGUUAGGGAAGGAAUACCCAGAGUUCCCUACGCCACGGCGCUCGACAUCUUCCUGAACGCGUGCCUUAUAUACCAGAUGGCCGCCCUCAUAGAGUACGCCGCCGUCAACUACUUCACGAAGAUGCCCAAGAGUAACGUGUCAGAGGAGGAUGAAGGGACGUGUUUACCACCCUCGAGAAAGAUCAUCUACUCGAACGUGAACGAGAUCGAACGAGAGCGCGAGAUUCUGCUAGGCAACAACGCGGUGCUCGAGCUGGAGGAGGAACGUCUUCGGCAGCCAUGUUACAAGAUGAUGUGGCACUGCAUCACCGGCAACGCAGACUUCAGACAGCACAGGGACGCCAACUACGAUGGCACCAACAGCGUCAGCAGCAUAGACAUGAUAGCGAGAUUUCUGUUUCCAGGAACUUUCAUCUUCGCCAAUACUGUCUAUUGGCUGGCGUUUCAAUUCCUUUGGACCGAUGACGAGAGCUGACCAAUAGAACACUAUUUUGUACAUAUUAUUUAUAA